UUAUUAAAAAUCUAACUCCGAUAACAGCGACUCGUUGCGGUCAAAUGUGUGAUUUUAAAAUAGAUGAAUGAAAAGUUAGGUUAAUUCACGAUAUCGAAAUAGAUGCAUGAAAAGUUAGGUUAGUUUAAUUGGCAUUACCAAAUUGAUAUUUACUUAAAAUUUGUAUAUCGUAUACAAGAGAAUUAUUAUUAUAAAUUUAUUGUUGUAUAUCUUGUGUUAUAAGUUAAGUUUUAUAAUUGUUAUUAGUUUGAUUAUAAUUAUGGCUUCUCCGUCUUUGAUAAUACAAAGAGGUAUAUCAACUUCUUGUAUUAGUUAUGGAAAGCGUAAUUUUCGUAAAUUCUUACUUAUCAAUAAACGUGGUAGUCGAGUUUUCAAAGAAAAGCAAAGGACAGAUCCAUAUCCGGAUUAUCCAAUAGACAAAAGAGGAGUGAGAGAUAUAGGUUUCAAAGUGGGACAAAAAUUUGUUCGUGUACCAGAAAUGAUACCGCAACUUAUCGUCCCAUCUUUAGAAGGUUUUAAUUUGAAACCGUAUGUAUCGUAUAAAGCGAAUGUUAGUCAAGGAGAAUUUACAGCUAAAGAUCUCUUCAACGAGAUAUAUGCUAAAAAGAUCAAAGAGGAUUUCGAGAAAGAAGAUUUGUAUCCUAAUGGAGAUCCUAAGAAUCCUAGUGAAUACGAGAAACUUACUCCGCAAGAAGCAUUAGAUCGUGCCAAGAAAACUGGCACCGAUAUCUUUUGUGAUGGUGUACCGAGUAGCUACAUUCGCGAAUAGGAGAUAUUUCUGUAUUAUACGGUAGCAAAGAGAUGCUAUUAAAACAUUAUCAAAGUUUUAAUCUAAAAUGUGGUGUUAUAUUUAAUGUUACAAUAAAUUAUAAAUAAGUAUUUCUAUAAAAUAUAUUUAUAUUGAAUUUAAUAUUAACUCCUUUUGCAUUAUAACAAAGUGUGAGACUCAUGAUAUGUUUUAUGGCUUAUGAUAUAAACACGAGUUUUGCUCGUAGUGAAUUUUAUGGAUCAAACAUAAAAAGCACUAAUAUGGAAUGCAGCUUCAUGUGUUAAAUUAUAAUACGAGAGAUUAAUUAAAUUUUUAUACAUAUUAAAAGAUAAAGAAAUUAAAUCAAAGUUUUGAUCCUCAUAUGUUUUUAUUUGGUACAUUCUAUGCACGCGCUUAUACAUAUGUAGAUGAUUUAUAAACAGUAACUACUGAACUAUCAUUUGUAACGAAUAAAGAAACGAGCAAAUAUCUA